AUACUGAACCGAGACUUUUACCCACCCACUCAUUCACUUGUCUCCCACCGGGUUUCCAUUUGGAACAGUGCGAGGGCGAAACUGAGCACUGAUUGGUUCCUCCAGACUGAUGCUGAGGGCGACACCCAUUCCCUCAUCAACUGGCCCUCGAGAAUCCGAGUUAGGGAGAGACUUGCCAGGGAGGAGGGCCGCCAGAGGAGCCCAGAGCUGGGAAAAGUUACAGAAGCGCCAGUGUACCGCAGACCCCAGACCCAAACCUCUACACACCACCACGCAGAUCCACCAGGGCACCAUCACGUUGACCCCCAUCCCCAGCAUCACCCCCAGGCUCAGCUCAACCGACCUGGGCCACCGGGAAGUCAAGAAGUUGGCGGUUACCCCAGUUACCUGUCCAUGGCUUCCUGUCCCACGUCCGGUUCUGAGCAGGAAGAUCCACUGGAAGAUGAUACUGAGGAGUCGGACGACGUCAAGACAGAGGGCCUCCUGAGGAGCAGGAAAGCAGUGCUGCCCUCAGAGAUCCGUCGCAGGGAGAGGAGCACUGAGGACCCAUGGAGAGGAAGGGGGGAAGAGGAGCAAGGGAUGACGAGGGCGCCGAGUCUGGCAAGGGAGGCAGAGGUGGAGGAACCAGUAAGAGGAAGACACAGAAGCAGAGCCAGGUGGGACGAAACGGAGCGUACUUCCCGAGGUCUGCAAGCGUCAGAGAGCAGGGCCAGAGAGCGGGAGAAUGCCAUCUAUAUCCACAAAGGGUUGGCCGCCACCCACAUCCAGCCCAGAGACGCGCAUGAAGGCGCAGCCACGAGCCGUUCUGUGUCAGAUGCUGGGGAUCCACGAGGGUUCAGUCAGUGGAACCCGCAGCAGCACGCCGGCGACCCCCGAGAGGUCAGGGAGGGUGACGGUGUCGGUAACCAGGAGAGUCACCAGGACAGUCGGGUGUCUGUGGCCCAGCUCAGGCACUCCUACAUGGAGAGCACCACCACCCCUCCGACCGGCCGCAGGAACGAGCUCGAGGUUGCGGGGGACGGGGCUCUCGCAGGCUACGGGGCCCCGUGGAGAGGGGAGAGGGACAGGGGGCGCAGGCCCCGGCAGUAUAUCUAUCCCGGGGAGAGUAGAAAGACCUCAGAGAGGUUUAGGACGCAGCCCAUCACUUCUGCAGAGCGCCAGGAGACCGAUAGGUCCUGUGCCAGUUCAGAUUUUGCUCCCACUGAAGCUGAUGAAGAGAAGCUAGAUGAGCGGGCCAAGCUGAGCGUAGCGGCCAAGCGCUCUCUCUUCAGGGAGUUGGAGAAGAGCAUUGAUGGCGGAGCUUCCAAACAGCGGUCCAGGAACGCAGCGGUGGACAGGAGACUAAGGCGGACACAAGACCGGUCCAGAACUCAGCCAAUCACCACUGAGGAAGUAGUCAUAGCCGCCACCGUCCCCACUCACGUGCCACACACAGUGACCGUUCACAAUGCUGUAGCACACGUCCCUAGCCCCACCCUAGUUUGCAGCACCUUGCCGCCGUACAGCCUGCAGGCGUCAUCGCAGCAGAGCGCGGACGCCGCCCGGGAGGCCAGUCAGAUGCAGGAGGUCCAGUUCUCUAAGCCGGUGUCCACAGUGGAGGGUCAGGGCCAGGACGAGCCCGACCUCAGCACUCUCACCCUGGCGGAAAAGAUGGCGCUGUUUAACCGGCUGGCUCAGCCUCCCAUCAGGGUCACCCGCACCAGAGGGGACACGCGGCAGCGCAGGGCCAACGCCCGCUACCAGACGCAACCCAUCACGCUGGGAGAUAUGGAGCAGGAGCCUUCAGACAUAGUCGUGGGGGGAGAACAGGAGCUGUGCAACAGCCCCGUAGAGCCUCUACAACUUCAAAAUGGUCCAGGCUCUCGGUUCGGACACCUCCCCGCCUCGCCCUCGUCGUCCUCCCAUAUGAGAGGAGGCACCGUCUCCACGGACCACGCCGGGGACAUCCACAUAACCCGAACACCGGCGCCGGCAGCGGGGCCCCGGGUUGAGCCCCUCCCCCCCAGCUCUGAGGGCCUCUCUCGGAGGUCCCGGGACUCGGCGGACCAGCAUAGGUGCCAAAUGUUGCCGUGGGGAGAGAACGGAGCUGAUCUGGGAGGAGGGAAGAGGAAGCUGCCCUCUCCGGAGAAGGCGGUCAAGCAGGCUGCUCUGUGCCAGCCCCAGACUGGAAGAGAGAGGAGGAGGAGGAGGGGGGGGGAGGAGGAGGAGAUGGAGGAAGGGGAGGAGGGGGAGGGGGAGGAGGAGGAGGAGUGGCUGGCAAGAGGGCGGGGAGACAGAGCCGUGCAGAGCUCAGAGAGUCACAUGCUCCAGGAAAGGCAGGAGGCGCACGCACACUACGCAGACAGCCAGAGGAGCCGGGCCAUCAGUGGAGAGCUGCCAGAGUACACGGUGGUGACAUCUAGGCUAGGAUCCGGUUCUCCCGGCAGCGGUGGUCAGCCUCCAGCGGCAGACGCACACACGGACGGCCCGCUUCAGCCUGAGGAGGGAGAGGAGCUGAGCGCCAUGAUGAUGGCCAGACAGAUGUCCAUCAGAGAGAGAGUGGCGUUGUUGAAGAAGAGCGGCGAGGACGACUGGAGGAGCAGGAUCAACAGGAAGGAGGAUGCGCUGCAGGUGGCUGCUGGCGAACAGCACGCUCGGCUCUGGGAGGCGGAGCAGAGCUUCAAGAAGAAGGACGACGAAGCGCUGAUGAUGAUGAUCGAUGAUUUCGCCGUGUCCGACGAGCUAUGGGUAAGGCCUGUGUGCGAGCCCGAAAUCCCACACGCACGCGCACACACACACACACACACACACACACUGCAGUGGUAUUGAUCAAGUGCAUUUCAAUUGGAUUAGUGAUCAAAACUUAUACAUCCUUCACUGUAUCUCCUGGCUGCUAACAUGCUCUCUUGAUGAAUACAUCUCGAGUGUAACACACAUUCAGCUAUCUGUGUGUGUGUGUGUGUGUGUGUGUGUGUGUGUGUGUGU